AUGCAAGUAGAUGCCAAAACAGAAGAAGACACUCCACGAGCAAGAACUCCUUCUUUAACGAAGAAAGCAAUGGAGCUGUGGGCCCUUGACAGGAAACAGUGUAAGCUCGCUGCUGCCAUGGGUCAGUUGAAAGACGGAAAAAUCCCUUCGCAUGCUGAUGUCCUACUGGAAGCUCUUGUAAAACACGAGUCGGAGAUGAAUAUGCAGGAAGAGAGGGCUGUUGAAAGGGAGAGGAGGAAACGAGAGUUGGACCUUCGAAGACAAAAGACUUUGGAGGAACGGAGAGCAGCGGUUGCGAACAAGCAGGAAGUUAUUUUAGAGAAGAAAGUGGCGAGAGCGAACGAGAGAGUUGAAACGUUGGAGAUGAGACGGAGGUUGAAGGAGAAUGAUGAGCAACACUUGCUGGAGCUGAAGGCGACGCAACAACAGUACAGGCGCGAACGUGAAAGGUUCGAGCUGGUCGAGAGAGAAUGGAUCAAGCAAGAUGCGAGGAACAAGAGCAUGCAGGAGAGAGAAGCAAUUCGGAGAGUUCAUGCCCACCACCGACAGAUGGCCGACUACCAGCUGGAGGAGGAGACCCAAAGUGCCCGAAGGGAUGAGAAAGUUGAGAGGCUGAAGAGCGAGCAGACGUUGAAGGAGCGGCGAGAUCCGCAGGUCAUGCGAGCGGAUCCCGGGAGCCCAGCGGUGAUGAUGGGACACAGCAAGAGCGUGAUCCCUUACGCCAACCAGCAGAGGCCCUGGGCCUUCCGGUUGUCUCGAUGGCAGCAUGCAGAUUGA